GGGCACAAGAAGUAGUGAAGUCUAAGGAAUGCCCAGAAAUGAAUCAUCAUAAAUGUAAGAAGAAGAAGAAGCCAGGGAACCGCGAUUCAGAUAUCAAAAGCAAUGAUUUGGUUAAAACAGACCUUGACUCUGCUGCCGCUGCCACAAUAGAAGAUGUCCGGGAUAAGAUGAGUCAUCGUGCUGAGAAGGUGAAGGCUGAAGGAAAGGUAAAGGAGGUUGACAAUGUGAAGACUGAAAGCAACUCAGUUGAGGGAGAUAGUAGAAAGAAGGGCAAGAAAUGGAAAAAGGCGGAGGGGGAGACUUUGGUGGUUGAGACCAAGAAGAGGAAGGUUGAAGAAAUUGAUGGAGGUGUAGAGAGCAGUAAGAAGAGUAAAAUGCAGAAGAGAGAAGGGAAAUAAUUUGGAAUGGAAAGGCCAGAGCUAUUGGUAGCUAAUCUGCCUACAUGAACUUAUAGUUAGUUACUUGCUGUUCUAUUUUGAAUGGUGAUCCUUUUCUCCUUAUCUCAUGAAUCAAAAUGCUUUUCUUAGUUAGUUAGCUGUCUCUCAAAGCAAGCAGCAGAAUAUUUCACAUUUGCCAAAGAUCGGAAGUUAGUAUGGAUGGAUAGAGCGGAGCCAGUGUGUUUAUGCACUUGUAAUGCGGUGUGGUGUUUACUAAGUGCUGCUGUGUGAUCUUAUUUUUGUAUUACAGGAUGAUAGUGGAAACCUAACUUCACUAUAAAUAUUCACUAUCUUGAAUUGAAUUUUGAAAUAUUCAAUUUUGAAACCAAUGCUGCAGGCUGCUUUUGUAUGUUGUAUGCUUGCUGCAUAAACUGCUGCUAGUGCCGCUCUGAUGAAAUCGUCGAUGUAUGGAGUGACAAUUGCGCUGGAUAUCUCAUUUACC